CACAUGAACCAAGUGGGGCUCUUCCACCAUCCUUCCACUCAUGGAGCAUGUUGCAGGCCUCUGCUACUUUGAAGGACUCAUCGCCCUGCCAACUGCUCAUCAUGUUUGUGUUUCUGGGCACAACUAGACAUGCAAUCCACCAGAUAAGCAAAAAACUCUAUAUAAAGCCUCAUCCGUUCUUGAUGCAAUGCAAGCACCAGCCUCAGUGACAAGGAGAUGGGUUCACAGGUCUCUGAGAAAGUGAAGCUUCUUGUAGCUGUGCUUGCACUCCAAUUCUGCUAUGCAGGGUUUCACAUAGUUUCCAGGACUGCACUCAACUUGGGUAUCAGCCAAAUAGUGUUCCCAGUUUAUAGGAACAUCAUUGCUUUGGUUCUGUUGGCCCCCUUUGCAUAUUUUCUAGAGAAAAAAGAUAGACCACCCCUUACCAUAUCCUUCCUCUUUCAACUCUUUCUUCUAGCAUUAUGUGGGAUAACUGCUAACCAAGGAUUUUACCUGUUGGGCUUGUACUACCUAUCUCCAACCUAUGCUUCUGCAAUUCAGAACUCAGUUCCAGCCAUAACAUUUGUCAUGGCAGCAGCUCUAAGGCUUGAACAGAUCAAUAUCAAUAGCAGAUAUGGUGUGGCAAAGGUGGUAGGAACAGUAGCCAGCAUUGGAGGUGCCACCAUUAUUACCCUCUACAAGGGCCCUGCCUUGCUGAAUGGCAAGUUUUUCCUUUUUGCCUCUUCCAACACAAUCCUGAACUGGACCCUUGGUUGUGUCUACAUCCUCGGCAAUUGCAUAGCAUGGUCUGGUUGGAUGGUGCUUCAGGUUCCAGUGCUCAAGAAGUACCCUGCAAGGCUCUCAGUCACCACAAUUACCUGCUUCUUUGGUCUAAUCCAGUUCCUCAUUAUAGCAGCCUUUGCAGAGAAGGACAUAGAAAGGUGGAAAGUCCACUCAGGAGGGGAACUUUUCACCAUCCUCUACGCUGGUCUUGUAUCAUCAGGGAUCUCUUUCUCCCUCCAGAUUUGGUGCAUUGAUAGAGGAGGUCCUCUUUUUGUAGCAGUCUUCCAACCAGUGCAGACUGUGGUGGUGGCCAUUAUGGCAGCUGUUAUACUUGGUGAUGAGUUGUACUCAGGAGGGAUAAUUGGAUCCAGUUUUAUUGUUCUUGGACUCUACUUUGUUCUCUGGGGAAAGAGUGAGGAGAAGAAGGCAACACAAGUUGUAUUGAAAAAGGAUCUAACAAAGCAUCUCCUUGAUGAAGAAAAUUCACAUAAAGAAAUUUGUGCAGUUCCUGAGAUCCCAUGAGAUUCCAAAGUGCUGUUUAAUUAGCUUAAUUAAUUAACAACCUCUUCAUAAUCAAUGUCUUGUCCAUCUUGUACAUGACAGUGUGAGUUGUGAUUUGUGAGAAUCAUGUACAAUUGUUAAAAAAAAUGUAGGUGUGUUAAUUGAUGGAGAAACCUCUGAAUGCUUAAAGUAAAGGAGAAACAAGACCUUAAAUGCAAUGUUGUAAUCAUGAGAUGCUUCCAAAUUUUCAAGGAAAGAAUCCACUAUGUGUGAUUUUCAGCUAUUAAAAAUCAGGCAGCAUCUGAAAUUUGGGGCAAUGCUUUUUGUGUUUUAGAUGAAAUACUUGAGAAAUUGACAAGAAAUUAUGAAAUAAUAUCAUAACCAAGUCAGACAUCUCAUUUCUUGGAUCUUGAAAACUCAACCAUUGUUGGAUGUGGUGUAGACUUCAUUGAUAGUGUUGAGUGACAACUAAUGCAAUCUAGUGCUUUCACAUUUAAUACGAUAACUACAAGUCUUGGAGACCUUAUCUUGUUUUUAAUCAAGGCAUGACUUGCAACAAAACUGUGAAGCAAUUAGAAAGAUGCACUCCUGUUUUAGAGGGAGAACAACAGUUUAGCAGUCAAAUUAGAGGGAGAACAACAGUUUAACAGUCAAAUUUGCAAAACCUUUUAUUUGAUAGAAAGAAAACCUAUAGCAAGGAAAAAAAAAAUAAGUAUAAAAGGAGAAGGCCUACGUUCCAAAGUGCUGUUUAAUUAACUUAAAAAUUUAAAAAUAUCAGUGUAGAAGCACUACACUGAACACUGAACACCUUUAAAUGCACUCAAUAUUAACAUAGUUCAAUCUAAAUCUACUUUAUAACAAGAAUCAAUACCAUACACCAGCAAAGGUAAGUCUACUUUUGUUUUGCCUGAUGAUAAAAAAAAUGCUAUCAACAGGCUCCAACAGGAUGGAUGCUUCAAAAAAGGCCGUUGAAAACACCUUUA